UUUCAGCGAUCAUUCAACCCCAGCCCUCAGUGAUGGACCACCACCGUCAGCACCACUAGACCACAACCACCAUCACGUGAUGACCGUGUUUACCCUGAGGUUGGCACCACGACCAUGCUGGGUCUAAGAUUUGGCUACAGUCUCUCCAGUGCCAACAAAGACCGACUCAACCAGCCCUGAACUUUGAUGGUUCACAAAGAAAACGUUCACCACACACAACAUGAUACGGUUUGGACUAAAACAUUUCUGUUUCAUUUGGUUCAGUUUGGGGAUUUUGAUCAAGGUUAAUCCCGCUAGCGCGAUAAUCCAAUGGACACCAAAACCCAGGCCAGUAGCGUCUAGCACUGACCCAAUGACGUCAUCAGUUCCACGUAACCUUCGACCAGCAGCACCACCAAGACCACCGCAGCCAACAGAUGUAAGACCUAUUCCCACGCCGGGUCCUGGAUCUAGAACCAGCGUUUCCAUGACAACGCGUUCUACGACAACCACCCAGCUGCCAGCUACUCCAGAGGUCGAGCUCCCAUGGAGCACAGACCUGCCGCCUGACGCUGAGACAACCACAGAGAUCUUGUUUAAGUCUAACCCCUGGGGCACGAUAGACUACAGCGCCGUGCCCCUGCUGGAAGAAGAGAGGGACAUUCCGAGCGAAUCUUCCGAGGUCUUUUCGGUGGGCAGUGAUGUCGACAGCUUUAGGAAAGAUGCCGGAACAGUUAGCAAUGAUAAAGGGGAGUUUACUGAGACUUUACCGGAUGAAGGAAAUCCAGUUGUUGAGGCAUCACUGCCUGACAUUUCUGGAAAAGAAUUUAAGAAAGAUCUGAAUGUGGAACCUGACACGUCGAGUGUGAGCCUGGACACACCGACCGGGUACCAUGACACAUCUACUGUGUACGGUGUUGCGUCAACUACACAUGCUGACACACCUACCAAAAGUACUAUGACAUCCUCAGCUUACUCUGAGUUACCCGUGGAUACUAGAUCACCCACAGUAACUUUGUCUAAUGGUGGGAGCGUAGCGAAACAAACGAAUUUGGGCACAGACAAAUCCACUACGACAAGCUACAGCAGAACUGCCAUUUCUAGCACCGCGUCAAGCACAAGAGAAACGUCUAUAACGUCAUCAACUGCCACAAAAAUCGACACUACUCUACAUUCAACAAGAGCAAAACCUUCUGAAACUCUCCACCCGGAUCCUAGUGGUACACCACCACAAGAUUCAACAGCAUCAACAACUUCAGCUGUAGCACCAACAUCCGAGUCUAGCCACACAGACACCCCGCGUAGGACACCACACUCCACGCCUCCAACCACGCCAGACUCUCACGCUCACCUAGCUACAGACACCACGCUUAAAACACCCCGCAUUUCUCCUGCCACCUCCGCGAGCACGCUCGUCACCUCCGGCACCCCACCCUCCUCACAUAGCAGCACUCUAUCAGCACCCAGCACCACUCGUACGUCAGCACCUCCUACCUUAACUAGUUCCACCAAGCCUCAAGACUCCAGCAGCCAAUCAGCAACGCCAAGACAAACCUCAUCAGUAUCAUCUACACCAUCUUUACCAACUCAAGAAACAUCAGCACAAACGAUUUCGUCACCAUCUGUAGAGACAUCUACAACGAUACCAAAAACGACAGCAACAUCGUCAGUAACAACUGAAACGACAUCACCAACUACUUCUCCGCCAACAACCACAUCAGCACCAGCAACAAAUACAUCAGCAGCGACAACAACAGCGGCAACGAUGUCAGCCCCUACAACAUCACUAACAACAUUGCCACCACAAGCAGGAAUAACUUUAUCGACAACUUCAUCAACGACAUCAACACCAAUAUCCAGUACAUCAGCAUUAACUACACCAACGACAACACCAAUGUUGUUAGAAACGACAUCAUCAAUAACUUCACCUACAACAACUUCAUCGACGUCAGCAAUGAAAACCUCAACACUAUCAACAAUAACACCAUCAACGACACCAUCAACGACGCCCUCAACAAUAUCAUCAAUGACACCAUCCACAAUGAGACCAUCUUCAACAACACCAUCAACGACGCCAUCUACAAUAUCACCACUGCCACCAUCAACAACGAAACACACACAAGAUGACAGACAAAUUCCCACCGUCAUACAAAGGUCGUCAAGGAAUGUCAGUCUGUCAUGGCCGUCCAGCAAAUCGUACCCGGAUGCUCGCGUGUCCUACAACGUCACGUGGUCUGCGCUCGACGGCGGUGACGUCAGAGAUCGCCUCGUGGACACCAGUGACGUCACCAUCGUUGAUUUGAAGCCUGGGACCUGGUACAAGGUCAGGGUGACCUUGGUGCUGAAACCAGACAGGGGUGCUGGCAGGGUGCUGAUGUUUGACAUGCAGGCGGUGGUGACCAACACAGCACCACCAGACGUUGGACCCAUGACGUCACCAGUGCCGCUGCCAGACAGCACCAUCGUGACGUUUGCGGCACCAGACGGCAACUUCAGCUACUGCAGCGCCAACAUCACCGAGAUUGACGUGUUCCAUCGUACUGUGUGCCACAAGGCCAACAACCACACGUUCAACUGUACUCACCUACAACUGGACCAUGUGAAGCCAGCCAUGAACUACAACAUCACCAUUUCUGUGCUGUUGUUUGGAUCCCACAACCUCGAGUCUAGCAGGCCUGUGGGGUAUCAAGUCUUCACACGGUGUCAAGAUCCUGGACCUGUUCGAAAUCUGACGUCUGCUAGUGUCACCAGCAACUCGGUGACCUUGACCUGGCUUCCACCUGCUCAAGGUCACACCACGACCUACCAGCUCAAGGUCAAUGCCACACUGACCACCUGUCUGGACACGUAUGGAAACGUCUUGAGCUGCAACAAAGACAAGUCGGUGCUGGAACUAGACGACCGUGUGACGUGUGACACGAUCCAAGAACACGUGACCCAGCUGAGCUACACGAUUGAUUCCCUCAACACAGCGAGCCCCUACGCCAUUGAGCUGGUGCCCUACAGCGACAGCUGCACGGGCGCCAGCAGCCAUCUUAAUAUCACCACGUCAUCGGCUGUGCCAGGAACUCCCCAAAACCUGAAGGUCGUGAUGACCGUGACCCAGAUGUUCAUCAGCUGGACACCGCCCGUCCCCUACCCUGGCCCCACCAAUUACGUCAUCACGCUUGUAUCAUUAGUUAGGAAUGAAACCGUCAAACGGAGAUACAACGUUACAGGAUACACCAGUACCAGAAGAGACAUCAACCACCUGGAGCCUUACACCGUGUACAACAUGUCUAUCCUAGCCUACACAGCGGCCGGACGGUCAAGUCCUUCUACACCCGGGAGUUACCGCACCUUGCCGGCCAAAUCUGACCCCGUCGAGUCCUUGACCGUGACCCAGAGAACCUCACAGAGUCUGGUCCUCACCUGGACGUCACCUGUACUCAUCCGAGGUGCCCUGCAGGCUUACGUCAUCUUUGUACGAGGCGCGAGGGACACGGCGUGUCAGGCCCUGUACGUCCUGACGUCCAGCGCUAACCUGUCGCAGUCUCUGCUGGACCAAAGCGUCUGCGGCCAACCAACCAACCCAAACAUUAGAACCAUUGCGGCACUGGAUCCUACCAUGACCUUUAACCUUACGGGACUCAAACCGUGUGAGACCUACACCGUCACGGUUGUACCAGUCAACGAUGUCGGCCUGGGGGUGGCCAAGCAAGUCAGUGAGUCCACGACAGCAUCUGUCCCCAUAGUCCCAGAAGGUUUCACCUGUGAAGCUGUGACCCAGGGCACCUUGACCCUGACCUGGACGUCGCUGACCCCCCAGCCCUGCCCCGUGGUGUACCAGGUCACCGUUUACCAGUCGCAGACCUUUGACAAUGUGAUGCAGACUUUCGAUCACGUGAUCAACGAAACAAUCUCAGACAUCAACAGCGGUUCCAUCCUGUUUAAAAACCUAAAGACUUUCUGGCAAUACAAGAUCGACAUCAGCGUCAUCUCAGCGGCUGGAAAUUCAUCAGUUCUCUCCCUUCCAUUGAUCAGAACCUUGCCAAGUGCUCCUGGACCUGUGUCAGUGCUGCAGGUCAGGUCCUUCCAGCAGAACCAGGUCUCCGUCGUCUGGAACUGUCCAGCAGACGACCAAAAAAAUGGGGAGAUCUCAAACUUUUUGCUGAUCAUGAAGCCAAAGAAAAUUCUCAGACAAGACAAGAGCGCAGACUUCAUCAAGACCAGCAACAUGACAGUACAGGCCCAGCAGGAACAGCCCAACAGCUGUAGCACGCGCAACAGCUUCUGCAGCUGUUUGCGUCCGUACAACCUCACCAUCACCGUCACGCCACAGAUCUUGUACGUCUUUCAGAUCCGUGCAAAAGUUGACGGCGUUGACCAGUACGGACCUCCCGUCUCUACAAGCUUUGAGUUGCUGGCACGUGCGCCGGCCGAGAUCGUCCAACUUCCUGUCCAGCGAGCCAACAGGGAUGAGCACUCCCUCAACGACACGUCCUUCACGGUCAACGUCUGCACGAGCUGUCUGCUGGACAACAGCCACGGGGAGAUUCUCGCAUUCGGCAUCCUGGUGUGUCAGCUGGAAUUUUGUGAAGAUGAUGAUCAAGACAAGUUUAGAACAUGGCCUGGUUCCUACCUGAGCAUGAGUACGUGGAAGAGGGCAAAAGACAAUCACUUUGAGCUGACCUACAGGGUCACAGACAAAUCCUGGGAACAAAAUGUCCGCAACUUAAGUCAGAGUGGGGUGGACGACGUCAUGCUUGAGAUCGGGAACGACAGCUCUUGCAACCGGAAGUCGGAGAAAGAAUUCUGCAACGGUCCACUGCCGUCUGGGGCUUCUUUUAGGUCGGUCUCGGUCGUCUGCUACAUCAGCUCUAAACCUGCUUCAAAAUAG